AUGGGGACGGGCACCAUGGGGCUGGGGGGGCCGUGGGGCUGGGGCCAUGGCGACAAGCCCCAUGGGACUGGGGUGGCCAUGGGAUGGGGCCAUGGGGGUGGGCACCGUGGGGCUGGGGGGCACCCAGCCCCACACCCCUGGGUGCUGGCAGCAGCCCGGCUGCACCGUGGCGGCCGCCCCAGCACCUCUCCCUCCUCCCUCGCAGCUCAAGCCUUCAGCCUCGCCGGUGAGUGUCAGCACCCGCCCCGGGGGGGGGGGGGGCCGCCCCCGGGGUGCUCCGCAGAGCUGUGGACCCCCAUCACCCCCGGGGCCCCGGCGUCCGGGCAGGGGACACCCCGCCGUGCUGACGCCCGCUCUGCGCCCGCAGCCGCCCAGCCGGCGCAGCUCACCACGGACCCCUCCUGGACACCGGUGUUCGUGGGCGAGACGGUGACGCUGACGUGCCGGGGACCCCCCCAGACACCCCCCGGCCCCACCGACUGGUACGCCGACGGCCGCUUGUGGCGGCACACCGAGUCCAACCGGCUGCCGGUGUCCGACAGGGGGGCCAGGAGCUACCGGUGCCGGACCGCCGGCUCGGAGCUCAGCGCCCAGGUCGACCUGGCCUUCAGCAGGUGAGCGCCGGCGGCGGUGGCGGCGGUGGCGGCGGCGGGGGGGUCCCCGGCGCGGCGGCACCCGCCGUCCCUCGCAGCCUGGCUGGUGCUGCAGGUGCCGACGCCGGCGGUGCUGGAGGGCGACGCGCUGUCGCUGCGCUGCCGGGCCUGGGACAACCUCGGCACCAGCCGGGUCCGCUUCUGGCGCGGCCAAGCCGACGUCACCCGCCAGCCGGGGCGGGCAGAGCUGCUGCUGCAGCCGGCGCGGAGCAACGACAGCGGCCGCUACCGCUGCACCGCCGUCUUCCGCCGCUUCUUCAGCCCGGAGGAGAGCUCUGAGGAGGUGUCGGUGGUUGUGCAAGAGCUCUUCUCGGCGCCGGUGCUGAGCGUGGGCGGCUCUGCCGAGCCCCUCGAAGGAAGCAACCUCACCCUGAGCUGUGUCACCCACCUCAACCCCCUCCGGCCCCACGUCACCCUCCGGCACUACUUCUACCGAGACGGUGCUGUGCUGGCCGGCUCCAAGGGCUGCCCCGGGCACCAGCUGCAGGCGGUUGGGCUGGGCGACUCCGGGGAAUACUCCUGCGAGGUGGAGACGGAGACGGCGAGCGUGUGGAAACGCAGUGCCCCCGUCGCCGUCAUCGUGCGCCGCGUGCCCGUCUCCGGGGUGGCCUUGGAGGUGCAGCCCCGCGGCGGGCGGCUGGUGCGCGGCGAGCGCCUGGUGCUGAGCUGCUCGGCGGCGGCGGGCACCGGGCCCCUCUCCUUCUCCUGGCACCGGCGGGGCUGGCCGCUGGCCCUGGCGUCGAGCCCCCGCCACGAGAUCGCCGCCGCCCAGCCGGGCCACGGCGGCUGGUACCACUGCGAGGCCUCCAACGGGCCGGUCCCGGUGCGCAGCCCGGAGGUGCAGGUCACCGUCGUGGUGCCGGUGGCCGGGGCCACCAUCACCCUGCAGGGGACGGGCUCGGCGGUGACGGCCGGGGACAGCCUCAACCUGAGCUGCUCGGUGCAGGCGGGCACGGCGCCGGUGGCCUUCGCCUGGCUGCACGACGGGCGCCAGCUGCCCGCGGCCUCGGGGCGGCUGCUGGCCCUGGCGGCGGUGGAGACGGCCCACGCCGGCGCCUACCAGUGCGUGGCCAGCAACCAGCUCAACCCCCAGCGGGUUUUCCGGACGUACAGCCGGAUCCUGACCCUCGCGGUGACAGCCCAGCCCCACGUCGCCGUGGCCGCGGGGACGAGCGUGUCCCUCCUGGUGCUGCUCGCUGUCACCGCCGGUCUCGGGUGGCACCUCCGGCGCCGGCGCAGCGCAGGUACCUGGCGCCCCGGGGUGCUGGAGGGGGGGCCGAGCCCUCGGCUUGGGGUCCUGGGUGGCCCAUGGGGGCCCCCGGCUCGUGCCCUGGGGGGGGGGCCAUGCCCUGCCCCGGGGUCGCAGUCACAACCCCCCCAGGACGCUCACGGCCCCUUCUCCCACUUGCUUUGCAGCAGCCGCCGGCGCGAAGGGCCGGGGAAGGAUCCCCGCGGCGCAUCCCGGCCCCUCGGCUCCGCUGGACCCCGCCGGCGAGGACGCGGCCGCGCCGGAGCCCGAGUACAGCAACGUGUGUCCCGGGGCGCCGGACGCUGGGGACGUGCUCUACUCCACCGUCACCAUCCAGGCGAGGGACAAGGACGGCCCCGCGCGACCCUCGGCGCUGGAGCAGGAGCCACCCGUCACCUACGCGGUGCUGCCCGGGCCGUGGCGCGGCGCGGCGGCCCCCAAGCCCGGCCGGCUGCCCAGCGACAGCUACGAGAACGUGCCGCGGACGUGAGCCGCGGGGACCCUCCGACACCCUGCCGGCGCAGCUGGAUGCGGAUCACCGUGGGCGACCGGGACGCUGGGAAGAGCAGCGCUGCCGGCUCCGGGAUGCUGCUGUGCGCUAAAGCCGCCGGGUUCAUCGUGGGCAAAACCGUGGGGCAAGGCAGAGCACGUGGCCGCGUCACGGGGUGGGAUUUUCCCCUCUGUGGCAAUGCAGAAAUCUUUGCAAUGCGGCAAGCGGCUGCUGCCCGCGGCUGCAGCCCGGCGCGAGCGCCGGUGAUGCCGUAACGCCCUCCCGAGCUGCUGGGAAACUGGGCCGGGCGCUGGGAGCCACCGUGGUCCAGGACAGCGGGAAGCUGGAUGCACCGACGCCGUGUGCGCGACGUGCUAGGGAACCGCUGCUCGGCAUCCUGCCCUUCCGAAAGGGGCAGAACGGGGCAAAACUGCCCCAAGUGGGAUUUAAGCAGCCCCUUUCCCCACGUCCUGCUCCGGGGAACGGAAACCCGUCCAGGCUGCUCAGCGGGAUGCAGGUGAGAGCCGAGCGCAGGGACGCCGGAGCGACCUGCCUGCACCGGAGCGGCCCUGCUGCCUCGGCGGAGCAUGGAGCGAUCCCAGGCGAUUCCAGAUCGGCAAAGACCGGGGGCCGGGACAUUAAAUGGUGCCACUGUUUAAGGGCUGCUGCUCUGCCCCGCGUCACCGGCCCUGGGUGCUGGGUCCAGCCCCGAGAGCCUCCGCGCCGGUGAGUCAGGCCCAGGGCAAAGAGCGGCCGCGGCCCCACGGCCACGGCGGGUCGGGGCAGGUCCCGGGGCUGGAGACCUCAGCACCCCGGGGGCAGGUCCCAGGGUGCCCCCGGUCCCCGGCCCAAGGUGCUCCCUGCACCCAUCCUCAGCGUCCCCACUGCCACCGUCACCAGGGUACGACAUCCUCCUGGCAGGGGACCCAGCUCUCUGCAGGGUGCCCGGUGCUGCCCCUGUCCCCUGUGCCCCCCUGACCUCCCCAGCUCUCCCCAUCACUCCCCAGUGCCUUUCCCAUCUCUUCCUAUCCCUCCCCACUGCUCCCCUCGCCCCCAUCGCUCCCCAUUGCUCCCAUCACCCUCAUCCCUCCCCAUUGCCUCCAUUGACCCCAUCACCGCCCAUUGCCCUCAUCAUUC